GUGGAGAGUCCGGGGUAGCGGAAUGACGUCAUGUUGCUAAAGCGACGCGGCAACGCUGAGCGUCUGCGUGGGUCGGCGGGUGUCUGGGCAAGGAUCAAUAGCGUGCCAGCGACCAGGUAGUAGGUGUGAGUAUAUGUAGGUUUCUGAACGGUGGCAGUCCAGGAGACGAACCUUCCGAGGCAGGACACUUGACGAGUCGAGUAGAGCUCCAGUGUCGUACCGGAGAGCGCCAUGCCAGUAUCACUGCACCACGGAACCCUCGUUGAUUAGGAUUAUCAGCUUCUCCAGGCUGCCGCAAUGUGGCCUGGAGUAUUGAACUUACUGGUGUUACUAACAAUCCUGAUACACGAAUCAAGAUGUGCUACUGGUGCAAAGGUGGUGAACUUCCGGAUGAAGGAGAAGGAGGUAUUAGACAACAUUCUAGGACCAGGACGUUACGACGCGCGUAUCCGGCCCAGCGGAGAAAAUGCAACAGAUCUCCCGACAAUUGUGAUGGUCAACAUCUUUCUCCGAUCGAUCAGCAAAAUAGAUGAUUAUAAGAUGGAAUAUUCUGUACAAUUAACAUUCCGGGAACAAUGGCUGGAUGAACGAUUACAGUUUGAUGAUCUUGAUGGUCGUCUAAAAUAUUUAACGUUAACGGAUGGGAGUCGUGUUUGGAUGCCAGAUUUGUUCUUUUCGAACGAGAAAGAUGGACAUUUUCACAAUAUUAUUAUGCCGAAUGUAUACAUUCGUAUUUUCCCCGAUGGUUCCGUUCUAUACAGUAUACGGAUAUCCCUCACGUUAUCGUGCCCAAUGAACUUGAAAUUGUACCCUUUGGAUCGACAAAUUUGUUCAUUGCGUAUGGCAAGUUAUGGUUGGACAACCAACGAUUUGGUUUUCGAGUGGAAAGAAGGUGAUCCAGUCCAAGUUGUUAAAAACCUCCACCUACCUCGGUUCACAUUGGAGAAAUUUCUUACCGAUUACUGUAAUAGCAAAACAAAUACUGGAGAGUACAGCUGUCUGAAGGUGGACUUGCUCUUCAAGAGAGAAUUCAGUUACUAUCUUAUUCAAAUCUACAUUCCCUGCUGCAUGCUCGUCAUUGUAUCCUGGGUAUCAUUCUGGCUCGAUCAGAGUGCUGUACCAGCUCGAGUAUCGUUAGGCGUGACAACACUGUUGACGAUGGCCACGCAGACGUCAGGAAUAAAUGCCUCACUGCCACCAGUCUCUUAUACAAAGGCUAUUGAUAUUUGGACAGGCGUAUGCUUGACUUUCGUAUUCGGCGCUCUCCUCGAAUUCGCCCUAGUAAAUUAUGCAUCGCGGAGCGACAUGCACAGUGAUAAUAUAGAGAAAAAGUAUCCACCGUCUGAAACGGAACAAUCAUCAACGAUCGAUCCAUCAUCCGAUCAAGUCGAGCAAGAUAACUCGUCGAAUUUCGCUAUGACCGGAUAUGAUGGACCACUUCAUUCUCUACAGAAACCUCUGGUCCGACAGCCGGAGGAUACCAUGUCGGUGGAUAGAAUGCAGCACUGCGAAUUACAUAUGCAACCACGAAAAAAAAACUGCUGCAGGUCGUGGCUGUCCAAGUUCCCAACGAGGUCCAAGCGCAUCGACGUCAUCUCACGGAUCUUCUUCCCAAUCGUAUUCGCGUUCUUCAACCUCGCGUACUGGUCCACGUACCUGUUUCGGAAGGAAGAGGAAAACGAGUAAAUGUCGACGAGGAAGCGCUCGGAUCAAGGAACGUGGCACGCGGCCAUCCCCAUCAAUAUCACACCAAAUCGCAUCGUUCGCGUCCUCUUCAGCAACACUAUCGUUAUAGGCAUCGUCAUCACUAUCACCAACACAACGAUCUAGUUGCGAUGCAGCCGCAACAUCGACCGUUGCCAUCGCAGUGCCAUCAACAUCAGCAUCAGCAUCAGCAUCAGCAUCAGCGGCACCACGCGCAUCGAAGCCAGCCACGAUCGGCGUCCUUUUCGUCUUUGCACAACGAAGGAAGCGGUAGAUGUUCGCCGAGAAGCGCACGCCACUCCCGUAGAAGUUCUGCGAGAUCAUCACCGUCGCCGUCGCCGUCACCCUCGCCAUCGCCCUCGCCUACAACGUCGCGUAGAGUGACACCCUCGCCACCCGCGUCCAACGUGCGAACGAUCCCCCUUCAAGACUUACGCCAUUUUCAACGAUUGCCGUCAUUCUCACGUUCCGAGAGGUGCUGUUGGGGUCUUCUACCUCGCAGAUGGUUCACCUGUCGGGCGAAGGGUAGCGCGAGAAUCGAUUUCAUCUCACGGAUCGCUUUCCCUCUCACGUUUAUCAUGUUCAAUCUCGGCUACUGGUCCACCUACCUUUUCCAAGGUGAGGAAAACGUCGGCUUGAAUAAAUAGACGAUCGCUUCGGUAAACGUGACCGAGUCCCAUGGAUUCGGGUACCGACAGGGAAACGCCCGAUUGAAAUCGCUUCCAUUCGAAUCUAACUUCGAGGUCUUGUCGCUCGUAUCGAACGAACUUUGUUUCUUGUGUCUUCUGUCCGUUAUUUUCAAAGGGAUUGUAUAAAUAGAGGUAGAGACACUCUAAUCAAAGUCACGAAGUAACGUUGCCCGAUCCUGAUUGGUCGUCGCCGAGUGAUCGUACGCAAACUUAGACAGAAACAGAGAUACUCUUGCGAUGUCUUUUCUCAUUCUUACCAUCUCACAUUUACACUUACAGAGUCUCCUAUGACAUCUUUACCCAAUUUGUAUAAUCUCUUUGCUUAUUUUUCCACGACACGUUUAAAGACCAGUGGCGUAGAUCUACCAUCGUCGAGGCUGAAAAUGAAAUGAAAUUUCGGUGGUCCCAUACAGCGGUACAUCUCUUUCUUUUCUUUUUCCUCGUCGGAGAAACCGUUGGAAAAACAUCCCCGACUUCGUGAGGAAGGCCGAGGGCAGUCCAUUAAUUACGUAUAAAAUUUCAAAUGCCGAUAUACAGCUGUUGUACACGAUUACCAAAGAAACAUUUCGUCGUGCAUCAACUAGAUACAGUAAAGUACUUAUCAGAUUAAAUUAGCAUACAUGAUGAAUUUAAACAUUUUAAAUUAAUUCUUUAUGUCAGCAAAUGAUCUCGUUAGGUCAGCGUUGGAACUUACUACGGUAGAAUCAAUGUUAUGUGAACAUGAUGUUGCACAAACCAUACAUUUUCUAAUAGAACACUGUAUAUAAAUAAACGUACAAGUGUUUACAUAUUUCCUUCUAUAGGAUGAAAUCUAUUUGCAAUCGUUCAAUUAACGUAGUAGUACGAAAUACUUGUACGUAAACUAUGCGACGAGAUCUAUAACGGCACCCGAUAAAAAAAGUCAUCUGCCCAAGAAUGUCGACGAAUAUUAAUACUCGUAUAUUUACUAGGCAGAUGUCGCAUUAAUAAAUAUUGUUUAUUAAAGAAAAUAAUAUUGUAAACUACUUAUAGUAGCAAACAAUAUUUAAUUCUGAUGUGCAUCGUUAAAAAGUAACUGAAAACAUACAUAUCUACCUAAUUUACCUCCUAAAAAUAUAAUUAACAAUUUUGCUGGGACAGCAUCGCGUCCGAUCUUUGGUAACCGAACCUAGGUUUAAAUUUUUCAAUUUCAGUCGAUUUGAAGUAAUUUAAAAACACGUAAUCAUGGUAUAAAAUUGAAAGGAAUGCGAAAGAGAUAUACCCGGAACGGCAGGUGCUAAUUAAAUUGAGCAAAUACAUCGUUAAAGGAAUAACCAUACCGGAGUCCUCGAUGGGUCUUUCGCAGUAGUCAGAAGGUUAAAUUAAUAAUACGGUUAUCGAAUUGUGAAACUUGAGUUUGGGAUCCCCUUUGGUCAAGAUCCGAUGGAAAUGGCGCCACUGUCGAUAACGAUGAAAAGAAUGCGGAAGAUCAUGUCUUGUAACCGCGGUGUCGUGUAUUACGAUCGAUACAAGAAACAUGGUCCGUAUAAACCCUGCACAUCUAUGUAACAACAGUAACGUGCAUUUCGACGAAAGACUUUUCAAUAAUCUGUGUCCGAAGUUCGAAUAUCGUAAAGAUCGAAAAAGCGCAAUGAAAUGACAACAUUUUGUAUGGCCGGAAAUAGUUGACAUAUAUAUUACGGUGGUCCUUAUUUCAAUGAUUUUUUAAAUCUCUGUUACGGACUCGUUAAAUACCUUGCAAAUAUAUAUAUAAAAAAAAUGUUUGGAAAA